AUGGUAGAGACAAUAUUGACAACGAAUACACCACCAUCCGUCACAAUCGUUCAUAUUAAUGUCAAGCAAGAAUGUCCAGCUCAAUAUGUAACUGUGUACAAUGAUCGUGCAGAAGUAACACGUCUUCUUCGAUAUCAUUUCGAUAAUGAAGGCACUUAUGAUCUUGUUCUCCAAGGUUUAUCACCUAGUGCCGAUCUAACUUCGUUUCAUGUUAGCGGUGGAACAGGUAAAGCAUGUACGAUUCUUGAAGUUUCCUAUCAAACACGUUACGAAGAUUCGUCGGUAUCAUUAUCCGACAUAACACUACUCGAUCAAUUGCAAACACAAUUAGAUGUUGUUCAAGCAGAUAUCGAUGAACAUGCUCAAGAACUUGAUCGACUUAAAAAACAACGAACAUGGCUCGAUGGAAAAGCAACAAAACUGAUGAAUCAAGAAGAAUCUUUGAGUGCAAGUGACUUUGAAACAAUGGAGCAGUUUCUUAACUUUUAUCGCAAAAUGCUCAGCAAAAUAGAUAAAGAAACAACUCAAGAACAACGACAAUUGAAAGAAUUACACAGUCGAUGUGAUGCACUUAAAGCCAAAAUAAAUGAACAUCGUUCACAAGCAAUCACUAAUCGACUCAUAGAACAACGUGAAGUGACUAUUACUAUUCAUGUAGCUAGUAGUAAAACUGAUGUUGCCUUGGAACUAUCCUAUUUAAUCAGCAAUUGUUCAUGGAGUGCAAGUUAUGAUAUACGAGUUGAUGGUGGAGAAGGAAGGCAACCAAAAACUCAACUUACUUAUUACGGUAUCAUUGUCAAUAAAAGUCAAGAGAAUUGGUCUGAUACACAAUUUUCAUUAUCUACAGCAACUCCAUCUCUAGGUGGUGCCGCUCCCAAAUUGGCUACACUUAAAGUCAACUGUCGUCAAUACCAUGGAGUUUCAACACGCUUCAUGGACAUAUCUGCAGCUCAUAGGGUGCCGAUGAAUACACCAUGCAGUACAGCAUCAACAAACUAUACAAUUGUACCUAAGCUAUCAUUACACGCCUAUUUGAAAGCAUCAACUUUAAAUACAUCUGACAAAUAUCUUUUAGCUGGUCCUGUAUCUAUUUUCAUGAACAAUAAUUUUGUUACGCAUAGCUCAAUUGAUAAUGUGUGUUUAGGUGACACGUUUGAUCUACCAUUAGGUAUCGAUUCUAGUAUCAAAAUUGAAUAUAAGCCAGUAAAGAAAACAAGCGAUACUCAAGGUAUAAUUUCCAAAGUUCAUCUCAAAACUGUUCGUCACGAAACUCAUAUUACGAAUACUAAGACCAAUGAAGUGAUUGUUUUUGUUUAUGAUCAACUUCCAUUAUCGUCCGAUGAAAAGAUCAAAGUCAAUUUGAUUCAGCCAGAUUUACGACGACAAGACAAUAAUCCACAUAAUACCAUAAUGACAUUAAAAGAUACUAAUAAUUUAGAAUGGAAAUGUGUAUUAUCAUCCAGAGGCGAAUGUCGACUUCCGUUCGAAUAUACAGUCGAAUGGCCAUAUGAUAAACAAGUUGAAUUUCAAGAAGAACUAUAA